UGGAUAAAGGUCCUGACCAAGCACUGAGACCUGAGUUUGAUGCCCAGAACCCAUACAAGAGUGAAAACAGAGAACCAACUCCUCAAAGUUGUCCUCUGAUGUCUAAAUAUGCAGAUAUUGUAACAAUACUAACACUAGGUAAAGUGAAAAAGAGGAAGACACUAUGUCCGCCAUGAAGGUAGGAUGUUGUGACGACAGGCAUUGGACCAUGCCCAGAUGAUUUCUCACUUCUGUCAUAUGAACAUACGUCAUAAUUGGUUUCCAUUUGCCACCCAGAAUGGAAUCAAUUACACAAACACUCCUAUGUGUCAUUGGGCUUCUUGGGCCUUUCGUUCUCAGAGGAUCUUCUCCCUAAACACUGUCUCGGAACAGAGAGAACUGGCCACCUGAGAUGUCAGGCAUUGCAGCAGCAGUGUAGUUAAUAAGUGUGAGACUCCAUUACUGCAAGAGAUAGGGAACCAGGAAGAGAGAAGAAAGCAUGUGGAACCAUGGAUGAACCACACAUGAGCCACACAUGUCUCAGUCCUGGGUCAACUGCGUUGCCUUUACAAAUGAGCUGGAAGAAGAGGUUCUGCUUUUUAAUUUUAAUGUCAUUUCCAUUUACCCUGAGGUCUAUAGAUUGUGUUCCAGUUUCAUUUCUUUUUUUUUUUUUUUUUUUUUUGGUUUUUCGAGACAGGGUUUCUCUGUAUAGCCCUGGCUGUUCUGGAACUCAUUUUGUAGACCAGGCUGGCCUCGAACUCAGAAAUCCGCCUGCCUCUAUCUCCUGAGUGCUGGGAUUAAAGGUGUGUGCCACCAUGCCCAGCCAGUCUCAUUUCUGUUGCUAUGAUAGCAUACACUGACACAAAGCAACUUAGGGGAGAAAGAACAGGUCCAGGUUACAGGCCAUCAUUGCAGGAAAGUCUAGGUGGGAACUUGAAGCAGUUGGUCAUGUCCACAGUCAAGAGCAGAGAGCAAUGAGUACAAGCGUGCCUGUCAGUGUUCAACUUGCUCCCUACACUUAAUGCCACCAAGCCAUUUCCUUUUACCUAGGGAUUGGUGCUACCCACAGUGCACUGGAUCUUUCCAUAUCAACUAGCAUAAUGCGGACAACCCUGGACAGAAAUACCCAGAGAUUACCCUAAUCUAGACAAUCCUUUAUUAAGACUCAUACAAUCCAAGAUGAUUAUAGAUUGUGUCAGGUUGACAAUUAAAACUAAUCAGAGUACUGGACAUGAUGGAACAUAAUUUAAAUCUGAGCACUCAGGCAGCAGAGGCAGGUGAAAUCUAUGUGUGAGGAUAGCCUUGUCUACAUAGUAACUUUUAGGCAAGCCAGACUUACAGAUGAUAACCCUGUCCCGAGCAAAUCAAACUCAAAGCACCAGAACUUGAUCACUAAAUGAGAUGUUUAAAAUUUUAAUUUUAUAUUAGCAGACCAGUCUUCAUGUCAGUAAUUAUCCAGCCAUUGGUAGCAUCUUGUAAACCAGUAUCUACUUCUGCAUGGAAUCUGUCCCCUAGGACAAUCCCAGAGGACCAGAAUGAAGAGGAGUCAGAUGACUAUCAGCUCAUGUUCAAGCACUUCAAAGAAAACAAGGUGGAGAUCGCAAGUGCCAUCACCAAGCCGUUUCCUUUCCUCAUGAGCCUUCGAGACCGAGACUUCAUCUCGGAGCAGAAGUUUCAGGAAUAUCAAGAAACAUGUAAGAACCUGGUCCCAGUGGAGAGAGUCGUGUACGACGUCCUCAGCAAUGUACAGAAGAAGUUUAGCCGGGAUCUUCUGAAAGUGAUAUUCAGCAAAACACAUCUGAAGGCCUACCCCGACUUAAAGGAGACUCUAAAACACUUCUUCCUAAAUGCAUCCAAAACGAAUGAUGAACAAGCAGAGGAGAUGCAAUGCAAUGGAGGAGAGGGAAGUAGUUCUUGUGAACAAACCUGUGAUGAACGAGAGCCCCAGGAUGACCUGCCCUCAUCCCUGAGACAAGAAGCAGGGCUUCAGAGUUGCCUGAAGAACCAGGAACAACUUGAAGAUAGAGAAGCAAACAGGACUCCCCGAGUUCUGUCCUCACAUGACCCAACUGCCUCUGGCUCUGGGAUUUGGAUUAUCUUCUGACUUACAAAGGUGAUGUCCCUUCAUCCCUGGAGGUGCUUCAGCCUGUUGGCUACACCCAGAAGUACAGCAUGAUACAGCACAGGGCAGGCUUGCUGUCAGGACUGAGUUCAUUCUCCACACUCACCUGAAACUUCUGCUCCGAGAUGAAGUCUCGGUCUCGAAGGCUCAUGAGGAAAGGAAACGGCUUGGUGAUGGCACUUGCGAUCUCCACCUUGUUUUCUUUGAAGUGCUUGAACAUGAGCUGAUAGUCAUCUGACUCCUCUUCAUUCUGGUCCUCUGGGAUUGUCCUAGGGGACAGAUUCCAUGCAGAAGUAGAUACUGGUUUACAAGAUGCUACCAAUGGCUGGAUAAUUACUGACAUGAAGACUGGUCUGCUAAUAUAAAAUUAAAAUUUUAAACAUCUCAUUUAGUGAUCAA